GUAGACACGUGUAGCAUCGCACAUGUUGUACUAGCAGUUUCAAUGAGCAGCUGACAAUUGCUGACAGUGGAGUGAAACAAAGACCAUUUGAACUGAUUAAACAGGAACUGAAGGCAGAGAGGGAGUGGAGUUCUGGUGCCGAACGGCUGCUGCUGCAACUUCAUCAGGGAAGACAGAGUCGCAGCCAUGGAGUCUUCCAGAAGCACAUCAUCGCUUGGCUCACUGGAUAGCUUCCUCUACAGUGAUGGGGAUUCAGCAGAGGAAGAUUUAGAUGUGUUUCUUCCUAACAGUGAGGAGGUUUCUCCUAAGGAGGACUCUCGGACAGCUGCCCCAUUCCAAGGGGAAGCCAGAACUGUGAGGGCUAAACCUACAGAUGGUGCCAAGCCUCAGGCCUCUCCUUUAAGACUAUCAUAUUUGUGGAGACAACGGGAAGACAAGCUCACAGAGAUGGGAUGCAGAGAAAAGGGAAAAGAUAAGAUUUAUUCCAGUACUUCCCAUGUCAGCUCAAGUGGCUGUGGCCUGAAAAGACCCUGGAAGCUAGAGGAGAAACAUAUGAAUAGUGCAGGGGCAAAACACUGCUGCACAGAAGGAGAUCUGCUUUUCACUCAAAAGUGCAAAGAACUUCAGGGUUUCAUUCGGCCACUGCUGGAACUGCUAAAUGGAAUUAAGACCGGACGCUAUGACAAAGGUCUGAGCAGCUUCCAACAGAGUGUAGCAAUGGACCGGAUUCAAAGGAUUGUAGGAGUCCUACAGAAGCCUGCAAUGGGGGAACGUUACCUUGGAAUACUAUUGCAAGUUGAAAUGAUGUUGAAGUUAUGGUUCCCUCACAUCUCUACCACACCCACCUCUAAAACAGAGGAAGGCCAGCAGUGUACACCAUCAAAGCAACCUCGGAUUAUCUCUUCAAAGUUUAAAAGCACUGAGGUGACUAGCAGCAUUCAGCCUCCAAACUAUCAACAUGAAAGCAUGAUCAGGACCAGAGAAAGAAACCGCACUGCCAAUGCAAUGGAAAGACAUUACCUGCCACACCACACAUGCCAGUGGUCUGCACUGAGUUUGACUUGGGUUCAUGUAAGACCUAUCUGCACUCCACCACAACUACAGUCAGCUUUGGGCCAUUCAGGAGGUACUCCCAGAACUCCUCAUGCUUUGAACCAAGGAGCUUCCAUCAAUACAUCAAGCCUAGAAGCCACUCAGGACAGCUCGGUUUCAUCUACUACACCAUUUCACGACCCUGCCUAUCUGGUCAAAGAGACCACUCUUCCUGCCGCAAUCAUUAAUGGCUCUGGACCAGCCCGGUGCCAAAGUGUGCCCCUUGUUGUGGAAGCAGUGGGCACUACCAAGAGAACACUUGCAGAAUGUCAGAACCUUUCUGUGUCUUUACCUAUGCUGUUGCCACCAUCUUCCAUUCCUGGCUCAAAUCUACUGCACUGCCACAAGCAGGACUUAACUGUGCACCCAGUGCUGCAAACACUACACAGAACUGAUGAGUCCUGACCUUGGUUUAUUUUUUGUUCUUCAGGGUAGUGUUAUAGAGACUAGACACUGCACUAGCAUUUACACGAUUGAUGAAACAUUUCACCCUUUUCACAAAGCUGGCUGAGCACACAAAAAAUAUUUCAUAGAAAACAUGAAAACUCUUAAAACUUCCACAAAUUUGUCUGUUUUAUAUAUAGACAGAUUUUUGAGUGUAAGGUAAAAUUUGAAAAUGUUUCCUUCAAUUCAAAACUUCUAUUUGGUUAAUGAUUAUAUAUAACACAGUUUUAUAUUUUAAUUGUGUUAUGUAUGUAUUUCAUAUUCUAAACAUUUACUUUUCUCUUGACAGGAGAAGGUAAAAUACAAGAUAAAUUAUAAAGCGUUAAUUGUACAUAUUAUUCCUGCAUCUACAAAAAUGCAGUCUUGUUUUAGACUCUGUCUUUCUCCUGUUCAGGAAAUAGAUUAAGUAAAGAGAAGUUGUCAUCACAAUAGGGGAAAUAAUUGUUGCGUGGCUGCUUUAGGUUUUUUCUUCUGUAAGAAAUACUAAAGAGUUACAGCAGGAAGGAAGGGCCAGUCCCUGCUUAGCAGAAAGGGAUCAGCUCUGUUGUGUACAACUUCAGGGCAGCUUCUUUUUUUCCCCAAGUCGAGGUCAUUUUGGUUAAUAUUCCAAUAACCCUACUUAUAUUCUUUUUAUUACUUUAAGGGAAAUAUAUACUUUUUCUUUUGGACACAAUAGAAAAAGUGAGAGAAGGAUACCUUCCAAACCCUUAGUCCGCAUUCCAGAGGGUGCUUCAUGACAAAUUGGAUUGCACACUCUAUAUAUUUACAUUUAAUGCUAGCCUCUCUUGCAUAUUGGCAUAUUUUUUUUGUCUCUCAAGCCUAAUGGGAUCUUCCUAAGGGUAUGCCAACCUCAAAUUACUAGUGUAGUAGGGAUUGGGCCAUCUUCUGAAUAUACUUAUAAGGAACCCCACAAUUCCCUCAUAGGAAAAACAACAGCAAUUUGGGGCAACAGAAAGAUGGCACCGCGGGGCAAAUGUUGCUGCAGGCAAGUACAGACCCUCUGCCUCCCCAGGAGUAUCCUUGCUUUGGCCUAGAUUUUCAUAUACUAGAUAAGGCGAUUCUUUCCAUGUCAGCUUUGAGAAUAAUGCGGUUUCUUAGUAGAUCACUCCUUGCGUUCCACAGCCUUUUUGGCUUGCAUUGCCUUCAAGAAGUUCACUGUUUGUUUUUUCAAUCAUCUUAUGCCUUGCAAACUUCAGUGCCCAAUAACAUACAGAUCAGCUGACCUGCUGUUCUUAGACCAAUCACCAGCGACCUUUGAAUGGUUGUCUGUCUUGUGUGGACAGAGCCUGUGGUGUUUCAUUCGAGGAAGGGAGCAGCCCAUUUUGCUCACUGCUUGUAUACUCCAUUUUGUAGUAGAUAUCUGUCUGGUUUAGUCUGCCUUCAGUGCUUUCCUUAUGUUUAAUUGUGUGUGUGUGUUUUUUUUUUUUAUGAUUUAUUUUCUUGAACUGCUGUAUGUAUUGUGAGUACCACAGUCUUUCGCACCUUGGUAAUUAACCUUCCCCAGGAUGCUAGUUUCAUAAUAAGGAGUUCCAAGUCUGCCUUACCUAUUCCCUAAAUCACGCACGGUUUGUUGCACAUGUCACCAAAAAUGAAUCUGGGAUUUAAUGUUAAUAAACUCUGAAAGAAAUUGA